AUGGCUGCCGUGACGACCACGCCGCCUCCGAACCAGUCCUCUCCGCCCAGAUCGGUCAAGCGAAUACCCCUGUCUGCCCCAGACCUAUCCCCAGAACGAUACAGGGGACACGAGUCAAACGAGCAUACGUCACCGAAGCGGUUGGUAACUGGUACAAUGGCGGAAGCAAGGAUGGGAAACGCACCCGUUUCUCCCGUACGACUUAGCUUCCAGCCAGAGAAUUGGGCGCAGCCAUCCAAUGUGAAUAUCGAGGGCAGUCAACCGCGGGGCCAUACGGAAAGAGAAUAUGCCAAGUCACCAGAUGCACCCCCUCCGCUGCCCCCGCCUCACGGUUCUACAUAUAUGCUGGACUCGAGACAACCGCCGUCAUCGGUACAGCAGAGCUCGGGCGAGCCGCUGCCACCACCGACGUUCACCGUGGACUUGCCGCACCGAACCGGGGAGGAUCAGCACUCAAGUCCUGCAGUCGUCCAAAUGAACUCCGGCAUGAGACAUAUGACGGAACGUGGGGAAGGGGCGGCGACACCUGAAAAGGAUAGCCAGAGCUACAGUAAAACGUUGCAUGGCCAUGAUCCGAAUCGACACAGCCGUGAUACCAACACCUCCUCUAGUACACAGCAGCAGACAUCUACCACCGAGUCGUCUACGGAAACGAAUGCAAGUUCGGUCUCCCAGGAUGCAUGCGAGAGUACGUUGCUGUCCGAACGGACAUCCCAAGAGGACUCUUUCACCGAGCCAGGCUUCCCGGAGGGUCAGUCUGUGCCUCAGCUACAUUAUCAUCACCAGGCAGCCGUUCCGCGUGUCUCGAGUGCGCCCCUUGAAGCGAAUGCCCGGAACGCUUCGAAUCCAGACCUGGCGGAAGAGGGAACGGCCAUAAAUCGCCAUCUCACCCCCAACUCCUAUGGAAGGAGGAGUUCUAUGCCCCGACCCCCAUCAGCUUACUCAUUACACUCAGAGUUGGAGUCUCGGGGGCGAUCCCCACACGGUCGAACCCCAUCUUCGCAAGCGCGCAGGUCUCCUGAAACACGACCGAUAUCAUAUGCAGAGUUGUUGAACGUACCAUACCCUCAACCAGCUCCGGCGCCCAUCACCUUUGAUAACUCUCAGCUACGCAACAAUGUUGGAACUAAUGCAGCGCUGUUGAGCGCUCAGAAGACGCUCGAGAUGUACAGGCAGAAUGUCAAGAAGACCAACGACGUUUCGAUUCAGUACUCGUUUGCUGUUUUCUUGAUAUCCACAGCCCAGGAACAGGGAUUCACGCCCGAGGAGCCUGCGAGGAGCAAAGUUACUAAGAACGGGAUAGACGAGGGGAACCCGUAUCGCGAUAGCAAGGAGUCAUCGCCUGCUGCAUUAGUGCGUGAAGCAAAAACUAUCCUGACAAGGUUAGCAAACGGCGGUUACCCGUUUGCCCAGUACUAUCUUGCCGAUGGGUAUGCAUCGGGCUUGUUCAACAAAGGCAAAGAAGACUAUAAUGCAGCCUUCCCGCUGUUUGUUCUGGCGGCGAAACACGGCCACGCGGAAUCGGGAUAUCGCGCUGGACUCUGUUAUGAAUUUGGCUGGGGUUGCCGCAAAGAUCCUGCGAAGGCAGUGCAAUUUCUGAGAACAGCUGCAUCCAAAAGCCAUCCAGGAGCCAUGACGCGACUCGGCAAGGCCUGUUUAUCCGGCGAUCUAGGCGAAAACAGAUAUCGCGAGGGUCUCAAAUGGCUGAAGCGAGCAACGGAAACCGCGGACAACAUCUACAACGCGGCGCCUUACCACCUCGGUGCUCUAUACGAAACUGGCUAUGGCGAAGACAUCUUCAAGGAUGAGGGUUAUGCCGCCGAAUUAUUUACGCAGGCAGCUGAGCUGGGUCACCCCGAGGCCAACUUCCGCAUGGGCGACGCCUACGAGCACGGCAAACUGAACUGCCCGCGCGAUCCCGCUCUGAGCGUUCAUUUCUACACGGGAGCAGCUGAACGUGGUCAUCCUGCGGCCAUGAUGGGACUUUGCGCCUGGUACCUGGUGGGAGCCGAGCCCGUCUUGGAGAAGGACGAAGAGGAAGCCUACGAGUGGGCAAGGAGAUCUGCAGACCUUGACUAUGUCAAAGCACAGUAUGCUGUCGGCUACUUCACCGAGAUGGGGAUCGGCUGCCGACGUGACAUAUUGGAGGCUAAUGUCUGGUAUGUCAAGGCUGCAGAUGCUGGCGAUGAGCGGGCCAAACAACGGCUUGCGGCUAUUCGUGCCGCCGUCAGCGGUGGUACCCCGAUGGAGGUCGCGCCUCCCAGAAACGCAAAGAUGAAGAAAGCCCAACAUAACAAAGAGGACAAGGACGAGAAGGAAUGUGUUGUUAUGUGA